UCCUAGGUCUAGGAUGGCCGCUGCUGUGGGUGUAAACAAGCAGGGAACCGCAGCAACGAUGGACGUCUGUGUUCGGCACGUCAGGGGGGCCACAAGCAGCACCGUGAAGGUGUUGGAGUGUGGGGUGUGUGAAGAUGUCUUCUCUCUCCAGGGGGACAAAGUCCCCCGGCUGCUGCUCUGUGGUCACACAGUCUGUCAUGACUGUCUGACCCGGCUGCCCCUGCAUGGUAGAGCCAUCCGCUGCCCCUUUGACAGACAGGUCACAGAGCUGGGGGACUCUGGUGUGUGGGGUCUGAAGAAGAACUUUGCCCUGCUGGAGCUUCUGGAGAGGCUGCAGAAUGGAGCGUCCAGCCAGUUGAGCAUGGCAGAGGACGCCCUAACAGGCAUGGGAGAGUCUAUAAUCCGCUGUGACGAGGACGAGAGCCACACGGCAUCUAUGUACUGCACCGUGUGUGCCACCCACCUGUGUGCCGACUGCUCCCAGCUCACCCACUCCACCCGCACCCUAGCCAAGCACCGGCAGGUACCCCUGGCAGACAAGCCCCACGAGAAGACACUAUGCCCGCAGCACCAGGUCCACGCCAUCGAGUUCGUCUGUCAGGAGGAGCUCUGCCAGCCUGGGCCGCUCAUGUGCUGCGUGUGCAAAGAGUACGGCAAGCACCAGGGACACAAGCAUGCAGUUCUGGAGGCAGAAGCCAAUCAGAUCCGUGCGUCUAUCCUGGACAUGGCCCACUGUAUCCGGACGUUCACAGAGGAGGUGUCGGAAUAUUCCAGGAAGCUGGUUGGGAUCGUACAGCAGAUUGAGGGAGGAGAACGUAUAGUGGAGGAUGGCAUCGGCAUGGCACACACCGAACAUUCGUCUGUGGGUAUUCCCCAGGUCCCAGGCACGGCAGAGAGCGCACGGUCCUGCGUACGGGCCUACUUCGCCGACCUCCACGAGACGCUGUGCAGACAGGAGGAGAUGGCGCUCAGUGUAGUGGACGCACAUGUCAGGGAAAGGCUCAUUUGGCUCCGACAACAGCAGGAAGACAUGACCAUCCUACUGUCCCAGGUGUCCACAGCCUGCCUGCACUGCGAGAAGACACUGCAGCAGGAUGACUGCAGAGUGGUCCUGGCCAAGCAGGAGAUCAACAGACUGUUGGAGACUCUGCAGAAACAGCAGCAGCAGUUCACUGAGCUGGCCGACCACAUCCAGCUUGACGCUGGUAUCCCCGUCACAUUCACCAAGGACAACCGGGUCCACAUCGGCCCUAAGAUGGAGAUCCGGGUGGUGACCCUGGGAUUGGAUAGUGCUGGGAAAACCACCAUCCUUUUCAAACUGAAACAGGACGAGUUUAUGCAGCCCAUCCCUACCAUAGGUUUUAAUGUGGAGACAGUGGAGUAUAAGAAUCUCAAGUUCACCAUCUGGGACGUUGGUGGGAAACAUAAGCUACGGCCUCUCUGGAAGCACUAUUACCUGAACACACAAGCGGUGGUGUUUGUGAUUGACAGCUGUCACAGGGAUAGGCUGAUGGAGGCCCACAGUGAACUGGCCAAACUUCUGACAGAGAAGGAGCUGAGAGACGCCCUGCUGCUCAUCUUCGCCAACAAACAGGAUGUCCCAGGGGCUGUGUCGGUGGAGGAGAUGACGGAGCUGCUGAGUCUCCACAAGCUGUGCUGUGGGAGGAGCUGGCACAUCCAGGGAUGUGAUGCCCGCAGUGGCAUGGGGCUCCACGAGGGCCUGGACUGGCUGUCCCGACAGCUGGUGGCUGCAGGUGUACUGGAUGUGGCCUAGACCUCCCCUUGCUGCAGGGGGGCAGGAUGUGGCCUAGACCUCCCCUUGCUGCAGGGGGGCUGGACGUGGCCUAGACCUCCCCUUGCUGCAGGGGGGCUGGAUGUGGCCUAGACCUCCCCUUGCUGCAGGGGGGCUGGACGUGGCCUAGACCUCCCCUUGCUGCAGGGGGGCUGGAUGUGGCCUAGACCUCCCCUUGCUGCAGGGGGGCUGGAUGUGGCCUAGACCUCCCCUUGCUGCAGGGGGGCUGAACGUAGCCUAGACCUCCCCUUGCUGCAGGGGGGCUGGAUGUGGCCUAGACCUCCCCUUGCUGCAGGGGGGCUGGACGUGGCCUAGACCUCCCCUUGCUGGACGUGGCCUAAAACCUCCUCUGAUUACUGACUUCUGUUACCAAGUAAAACCCCCUUACCAUAGAUCCCAGAACGAUCUUUUUAAACCAUCCACACCAUAAAGACCUGUCCACCAUAGACCUGCACCAGUCACAUCUACCUAAACCUUUUACCUGAUGAUUGACUUUUGGUAGACCCAGUCCAAGCCAUACACUAAAGACCAGUCCUACCAAAUUCUCAUCCCAUACCUUUCAGUUCUUCCCUAAAUCCCAUACCUUUCACUCCAUACCAAGGCCCUAGUCCUACAUCCCAUACUAAGGCCCUAGUCUUUUACCCCAUACUAAGGCCUUAACCCUACAUCCUAUAGCCGUUCUACCCUUCUCACCCCUAACCUGCGGAUAAGCUUCUAACCCACAGCCAGUGAAUCCAUCAUUAGUCAUAAUGCUUUGUACUCUGCUCUGUCGUGGGUAUGCUAACAGGGCCAGGUUAUAGGGAUUGUCUCAAGCGUACUAAACUAACCUGCUUAUAAGACUACACAUUCCCAUAUUGCCUCAAUGCAGAUCAGAUGAGAUUCAUUUCAUGGCGAAACUCCAUGUUGUAGAUUUUUUUCGUUGGUACCAAUGCACUUGACUUGUGAUGAUUUCAUGUAAUGCAGCAUCAGGUCUUGAAAUGACACUGGUAGUGGGCUGAAUUCAGCUAUUAUUUACCUUGGUUAAAUAGUGCAGUUGGGUGGGUGGGGGAUAUUGUAGUAGCUGUGGUGGGAAACGUCUAAAGUGUUAUAUGAAAUCUUUCUCCCACCUGUUUUGUGGAGUGUCUUGCAUGCAGAAUUCAUUGGAUGCACUUUUCUGCCGCUUCAAUACAUCUGGGUUGUGCUCAUGAGGGUGCAAUGUUUGACUCAUGUUGCAGAUGUAAUAGACUAGACAUGAUUCCUUCAUCUAAUUGACAGAGGAUGAUCUACACACUAUAUUUCUGAACAUUCAAGAAUGUUGUGCCCUACAGAAUGUGAUACUUGCUUCUUUUGAAACCAGGACACAACCUGUGAUGGUCUUCUGUUUUAGCCCAUCUGUCUGGAGUGCUGUUUGUUACAUUCUCCAUUAACGUUACCCACAUGUAGAUGUGAAACUUAGUCAAAACAUUAACCAAACACCUUUCAUUGUAUGGAGGAACCAUCCUGUGGUUUGAAUUCACUUUCCUCAUUGCUAUGUAAUGUUACUACUUCUAUGUGAAAAUAAAAUGCAUGUGUGAAGAGCCCUCUGUUAAAGGA